AUGCAGCGAAGGCAGAGUUCUAAGACCCCAGAGCAGCCUUCCCAGGUUCAUCAUAAAACUCAGACUGAUCUCUCUGCAUGGCGAAAAGGAGGGAGAACUGGCCCUGAAAAAAGUGUCCAGUAUCAUCAGUCUCCUAAUAAUCAAGAAAAUGACACCAAUCAAGGCUCCCUUGAGCAAGCUUUGAGCUACUUUAAGAAAGUUCAAGACCGUGUUUCACUGAAAAAGAACAAUGUUCUGCAGGACCACUUGACUACUGUGGAGAGCAUUGCCCUGCAGAGAGGGUUACCCCCUGAAGGAAUUGAUGUGUUGCUAAAUGUGGCACUCAGUGGCAAAUUUGCUGAUACAGUGAAUACUCGUUUACUGAAGAGCCUGGUUCCAGCCUCAGUAGUACCAGAAAGCUGUGUGGUUUCAUCUGUAUCUUGGCUCUGUGUCAGCAAAUGCUCAGGCAACAUACAGCUGCUUUUCCUUAGGUGGCUGAUCACAGUGUUUGACUUCAUUGAUCACAAGGAGCAGCUUCAUGCCCUCUAUGGUAUCUUCUUUUCUUUCCUGCAAGAUGAGAAGAUGUGCCCCUAUGUCUGCCACCUGCUCUACUUGUUGACCAGGAAAGAAAGUGUCAAGCCUUUUCGGAUUAGGAGACUGCUUGACCUCCAAUCAAAAAUGGGAAUGCAGCCUCAUCUGCAGGCUCUGCUAUCACUUUACAAACUCUUCUGUCCUGAGCAGGUGACCAUAGCCCUUCCUGGGAAAACAAAGAUUUACUUCAAGAAUUCAGAGGGCCCAUGGAAAGCAGCAAUCAACACAAUAAGGCAAAGAAACCAGGAAAAGUCUCCAGUAUCCCAGGUGCUGUUUUUAUGCACAGCUCAACCUCGGUCACGAAAAAGGAAAUGGAAUACCCAGUUGAUUAUACCUGCAAGCAGUACAAACCAAAAUAAUUUAGAAGAGGACAAGGAACAGAACCAUGUUGAUUUGUACUGUAUGAAUGAGUCUUUUCCAGUGGAACAGCUGCAGACAUUUUCUCAGCUCCUACAAAAUAUCCACCACCUAGAGUUUCCUUCCCAGAUGGGUUCAGUCCUAACAAACCCUUUAUUGCUUCACUACAUGAAUUGCAUCAAAGAUGAAUCUAUCUACCUGAGGCUCUACUAUUGGAUGGGCCAGACUCUUCAGGAAGAAUGUACCUGGUGUGUGGCUGAUAAUAAUAAAUAUGAAGAAGAAUUCAAGGACUUCUUGGAAACUGUCUACAAGACAGAGUGUUUCCUGCAGGAGGGAUUUUCUUCCUGUGAAGUGUUCCUAUAUAGAAGCCUCCCUCUCUGGGAUGGCUGCUGCUGCCAAUCACAGGUCCUUAGACUUCUGAGUUGGAUCCCCCUCAGCAGCUUCUCUGAAACCAAGUCACAUCUCUAUGAUCCCAUGGCACAGCUCUUUUUCACAUCCUCCCUUUACUUUAAGUGUAGUUUUCUUGAGAGCCUCAAAGAGCUGUUGCAGAACUGGUUAAAUUGGCAUGUGAUUCAUCUGGAUUCAGAGUCUGACUCUCAAGUCCCUUCUUUGACUACCACCCUUUCUGAACUAGUGAAUGUGGUGGCUGAACUGAUUCACUUUGUUGGAUGGAUAUCCACUGUUGCACUGCGCCUGGAAAACAAUCCCACUUUCUUGCUCUACUUCAUCCUGGAUUUCUAUGAGACCGUGUGUGACAUGUAUCUGAAGUACAAUCUGCCUUUGUUAAUUAUGCCACCUGCUGGAGUUUUCUACCCAGCUCUUCUUAGCAUGGAUUCUGUCAGCUUGAAUCAGCUCUGCUACAUAAUGUACAGGUAUCGAACCAACUUGGUGGCUGCAAAAGAAAAUGAGCUGAGUAAAAAGAAAAUGCUGCAAUUCAAGUUCAACAAACAGACAUACCAAGAGUACAACCAGUACAUAACAGCUAUGGUGGGUUGUCUGUGGACAUCCAGCUUCCAGAAGGAUAUCAUUCCACAAGGUCUUCAUAUGGAGGAUGAACUGCUGAAGAAAACCAGAGAGCAGGAGUUCAAAACCAGCUUUAACAUUGUACACCCAGCCAUGAUGGGCUAUGCAGUCCUCUUUCUGCAGCAGGCUUGGCCAGGUGAUACAGCCUUCAACUUCAAUUUAAUUAAGGGAAAGAGUGGAACUGGUAUCUGGAAGAUCUCUAUGCCACAAGGUUUUAAAGGGCCCUGAAAGGGUCUUUAUUGAAAGCAGUCAUCAAUCGUGUUUGCUCAGACCUCUCAAAGUAAGGCAGGAAAUGUGCAGCAUGACAGCUGAGACCUCACAGGCAAGCUUUUAUUCAUCUGGAAACAGGCGAAAGCACAAAUACAGUAGACUGUGCCAUUAUUCUUCCUUCCUCAGAGGAAAGAAAGAGAGCAAUUACCUAGGUCUGCAUCUAUUCCAGGAAAUCAAAGACACAGAAGGAAUGCUUAGGCUGGGUUGGUUGACUAACA